AUGGCCCUAAAUCUGAUUACAAUCGUUCUCACCGCUUUUGCUAUCUCAAUCGAGACUGUAGUGGAAACAGGAUUCGGCAUGGGGAAUCCUUCGAUUCCACAGAAGAACAGGUAUCAUAAAAAGGCGUAUUUCAUGGUUUUCCUUGGAUGGAUUUCAUAUGUGCUAGGCUUUGGGUUCCACAACUGUGGAUUUGCUUUCUAUGGAGAACACAAUGGAAUCAUUUACUCGGUUUUCAUUGUGUUUGAAGUCUUCACGGUGGGGAUGUCAAUUUACACUCUUCACGACUUCUGGAAUACCAGUGAGCAAUAUAUCCAUGACGAUUGA